AUGUCACUGAGGCUUCCAUAUCCAAAUGUUUAUAAAUUUCUCAAUAAUUUUUCUGCCCCUGAUCAAGGUUCUCCAGAACAAACAUCGAGAAGUCAAGGACUCAGAAAAAGCGGUCCGAGAUCGAAGACUGGUUGUUCAACAUGCAAACAGCGACGUGUUAAAUGCGACGAAACCAAACCACAAUGUAUUAGGUGUCAAAAUCUCGGUCGCGAGUGUGGUGGAUACGCUCCAGAGCAGAUUGAAGAUGUCUCCAAACAAAAUGCAAACGCUCUUGUACCUAUCCAUCCACGGCCGAUGUCUGUGAUGUCGUAUACCCCUUCGGUCGCUAUACACGGUGAUCAACUCGAACGUCGGUAUUUUCAAAGAUUUUGUGACAAAACAGCAGCCGAGAUCUGUGGUUCUUUUGAUCCUACCUUUUGGACAGAAAAGGUUCCUCAACUCUGUCACCAAGAUGCGCCCAUCAGAUAUGCGACUAUUGCCUUGGGAGCUCUGGCGAAGUCUUUGGAGAUCACAUCUUCUCCAACUCGACUAUCACUUUCGGGAUUUCCCCAAAUUGAUCAUCAUCACCUAGAUGAACACCACCGUUUCGCACUAAGGGAAUACAGUAGAGCCAUUGCUUCGUUAAGGAUAAUACUCUCCGAUGGCAGAAGACAUUUGAGAACAUCUCUCACAGCGUGCGUACUAUUUAUGACCUUUGAAUCUCUUCAGGGAAGCUACGAAGGUGCUUUAACUCAUCUCAGAGGCGGUUCUCGAUUGUUAGCUGAUUGGAGAAUUGCUCGAAGAGGGGGAAGUUCUCGAUUGUCGCACGAUUCGUUGUCUGAGAUCCAGGAUAGUCUAGUCGACGAUUUGGGCCGGCUAUUUGCUCGUCUUGACGUCCAAGGGCUUUUCAUUCCACCACCAUACCCUGUGCCAAAUCUUCUUCAGGAUGACAUGGAUAUUCCAGACGAAUUUGAUAGUGUCCAAGAAGCUCGAGAAGUAUGGGAUUUCCUGAUGGCCGCUAUUGGUCAAUUCCAUACAAAGUAUCUCAUAAAGUCGCAAACUGAACCAGAGCAACUAUCCACGCCAUAUUGGAACAGACUUCAUACCCACUACACCACACAGCUACUUCGAUGGCGAAAAGCUUUCCAAUCCGUCCAUGCUGAAGAAGCACACACUGGAAGUAUUUCUGCCGAUGCGACACAUAUGCUGAGCAUCUAUUAUAACAUUGCCACGAUACUUGUUGCAUCAAGUGUCCCACAUACAGAGAUGCUAUAUGACGAAUACAACCAUCUCUUUGCGGAGAUUAUAUGUAAAGCUCAAAUUUUACUUUCUAGUCCGGAUGACCCGAGUAACACAUCUCGCUUCACUCUCGACAUGGGAACGAUCCUCCCUCUCGUUAUCACGGCAGUAAAAUGUCGUGAUCGACGAAUUCGGCGUCAGGCCAUAGCGCUGCUUUGGUCCAAAGCGAGGCGAGAAGGGCUUUGCUUCGACACCAUUAGCGUAGCAAGGAUCUGCGCAUGGAUUUCGAGUAUUGAAGGAGAAGGUAUUCAGGAAGAUGACCAACCAAUCCCAGAAUCAUCCAGAUGGACGAUUUCAUACUUACAUUUGAAUUCUGAAGAACGAUGGUUGGCGGUACAAUUGACACUGAAACAAGUUGAUAAUGGAAACCCACGGUACAGAGAAACAACAUUUUCUUGUUAUGAAAUUGGAACUCAGUAUGGUGCUAUGGAGUUCAGGUCUGUUCUUGAUCUCCUAAUCGUUCAACGCCCACCGACUUGCCAACCACCACCUAACGAUCAAUUCGAUAUCAAUAUGGCUGACGCACCAAGAGGCGGCUCACGAGGAGGUUUCGGCGACAGAGGCCGUGGAGGAGAUCGCGGACGCGGACGUGGACGUGGACGUGGUCGCGGACGUGGAGGAAACAAGGACGAGGCAAAGGAAUGGCAACCAGUUACCAAGCUUGGCCGUCUCGUGAAGGACGGAAAGAUCAACUCUAUGGAGGAGAUCUACCUCCACUCUUUGCCAAUCAAGGAGUACCAAAUUGUUGAUUUCUUCUUGCCAAAGUUGAAGGAUGAGGUCAUGAAGAUCAAGCCUGUCCAGAAACAAACCCGUGCCGGUCAACGUACCAGAUUCAAGGCCAUCGUUGUCAUCGGUGACUCUGAGGGACACGUCGGUCUCGGUAUCAAGACCUCCAAGGAAGUCGCAACUGCCAUCCGUGCUGCUAUUAUCAUCGCCAAGUUGUCCGUUGUCCCAAUUAGAAGAGGUUACUGGGGUACCAACUUGGGUACUCCUCACUCCCUCCCAACCAAGGAGAGUGGAAAGUGCGGAUCCGUCUCUGUCAGACUUAUCCCAGCUCCCCGUGGUACCGGUCUUGUCGCUUCCCCAGCCGUCAAGCGUCUCCUUCAACUCGCAGGUGUUGAAGAUGCAUACACCUCCUCCUCCGGUUCGACCAAGACCCUUGAGAACACCUUGAAGGCUACUUUCGUCGCUGCUGCCAACACAUACGGAUACUUGACUCCUAACUUAUGGAAGGAGACCAAGCUCAUCAGAAGUCCUUUGGAGGAAUUCGGUGAUUCUCUCCGUGCCGGCAAGCGUUACUAGGUGUGUAGUGGGCUUGUGAAAAUAAUUCUUU